UCAAACUGAGAAGAAUUUGAUUUUCAGUCACCGAUUAUUUACGGUACGGAUAGAUAGAUUUCCACCAAUUUCCUUCAUUGCUGUGAUCUGAUAAAUACACCUAAAUCAUCAUGCCUCUGUUGGGACCUCAACUGGUGUUUACCCUUGUAAUGUCUAGCAUCAUGCAGAAGGUCAUUGUUCCAUAUCAUUCCUUUGCUCAGUGGCUUCUUGCCAGAGGCAACCUGAAGUACUUCAAUUACCCAUCGGACGAUGACCUAAAGAAAGCCGCUGGCAUUGUACAGAGCAGAGGAAGGCACAAGAGAAACAGACCUGAAAACUUACAUAAGAGGAACGGUGCUGCAGUAGGGGACCAGACCUUCACAGUGCCCAAGAACAUUGACAUCGACCUCGGCACAGAGACCCUCCAGCCGCCACACCUUCUUACCAUUAGAUUCUACGGAGAGUUCAAAUGGCUUUUAGAUUUCAUUGUCAUGGCAACCGUAGUGUAUACAGUGACGGAAGCAUACUAUGCUCUGGUGGACACCAAAGGCGAUCUGAACCUGAGUCUCAUUUGGAUGGUGAUGGGUGUUUUCUUCACAUUACAUGUUUUAUUCUCACUAACUUCACUCUACUUCAAGUCUGACGAUGCUGGUGAGAUGGCUCUUUGUGUCACCUUUGGGUUCUUAUUCCUGGUGGUUGCAAUGGCAGUCAUUGUUAUUGAUGAAAAGUACUUGGAAUUUGGUGUUGAUGAUGCCUAUGAUGAUUUUCUUGAAGGAGCUAACGAGCAUCUGGCCUACAGUGAGCUUGAAUCCCAGGGUCCAAUGUCUCGUACCACCUUUGAGUUCCUCCUAGCAUUUGUAGCAGCCUUACUUGGAGCAUUCAUGACAUUCCCUGGUCUACGACUUGCCAAAAUGCAUAUUGACGCUCUGAAGUACAAUGCCCAUCUUCCUUACAUGCAAAUCCUCCUGCAUACUAGUUUCCUGUUCCCUCUACUUAUUUCCCUUCUUUGGGUGAAGCCGAUAGCAAGAGAUUAUGUACGGAGUCCUACGCUGGGCAAGAAAGUCAACGUUACUGGUGAUGCAUUAAUGAGCGAUGAAACGUUUGACAUUGUGCGAGUGAGUUUCAUCCCGGUGUUUGCCGUGCUUCGGCUCGCUUUGAUGACGCAGCAUCUACAAGCAUAUCUCAAUAUGGCUCACGAGAGGAUGGAACAGAUGAAGAAAGAGGCAGGAAGGAUCAGUAGUCUUGAUCUCCAGAAAAAGGUAAUCCGGGUCUUCUAUUAUCUAUGUGUUGUAGCACUUCAGUAUAUCGCACCAGUUAUUCUUCUCUUCUGCUUCAGUUGCCUUUUAAAAACAUCAGCUGGUUACUCUUAUGGAGUCUUCGAUCACUUCCAAUCAAACACUACAAAUGCAAGUUCAAUUCCCAACCCCUCGCCACCCACCCCAUCGUCAUCAUCGACGCUUGCAGACGACGUCGCAGCAUUUGUGAACCCCGUGCGUGAAGCCAAAGCCCAGUUCGCGUUUGCUCUUUCGGUUCUUAAACAAGUCUUCUCUCCGAUCUUCUUCAAAGGCAUAUUUUCCUUCUUGAUUUGGUGGGUUUGUGUCACCUGGUUCAUCACCAGUUCCUUUGGUCUUGCCUUUCACACGUAUGUCUCUACCAACACCUAGUCAAUGCGCACCUUGGUCCUGUUUCAUAAAGACUUGUUAGAAUAACAAAUGUGCAAUUUCUAUAACAAGUUUACUAUCAGCCAAUCAAAUUGAAUGAUUUCAGUAAAUUAAAACUGUUAUUGCAAACCCUUUGUUCUUAUAACGAGUUUUGUGAAACUUGCUCCUUGAAUCAGGUCCACUUUAUUUAUUCUUUGUGUCCCUUCUGUUGGGUUGAUGUGUAUGUCAGGCCAAGGAACUAAGGAGUGUUUUAUGAAGAGUUUUGUCAGAGAUUUUCGACAACAGAUGUUAUAAGCUAUGGAAAGUCAUUGUUUGUGACUGGCUGAAAACAAAUUAGUUCAUGAAAAAAAAACUCUUCAUGGAAAAUGCUCCUCAGGCAGGUAGAUACUCUUCGUGCUUUCCUUUGGAUUGUUGAUGUAGAUGUCACCAAGAUCUUAUUGAAAUACUAGCCAAUUUUCAAACAAAUCGUUUCGAGGCUUGUUUUGAAAUAUAUUUGGUCUUCAAAUCUUUUUUGAAGGCUUCAUUUAUAUCAUGAAUGUGAACGCUGACCAGACAAAUUCCUCUAUUUGGAAAUCAUUACCAGAAAGCUUUAGCGAUCGAUCAUGGGGCUAUGAUAAGUCUAGAUAAGUUGAUUAGGCACUCAGUUUUUGUAUGGUGAGUGGUAAUGAACUUUGUAUCAUGUCAAGCUGGUCUUGGUUUCUUUUUGGCGUGAUUCACUUAUUUCCUUGUUUUAUUUAGAUACAUUUGGGUCAGACCUUGUAUAUUAAACUGGAUUACAUCCUUCAAACAUGUUUCUGAUCAAUCCUAAUUUCUUUCUGUGAAAUUAUGGAUUCUUUGUUCAAAAUCGAAAUCUGUAGCAUCAGUGAAUGCUAUUGCGAUCUGCAUUUUACGUGUAUAAACCGUGCACAUGGCUCCAUGAUAUGUGGCAGUCCUUGUGGCAUGGGCAAGAAAAAUACAGUGAAAAUCUAGAUAUUAGUGCUUUCAUAUUAUGCCACAGAGCACUAUGUAUCAUAAUACAAAAAAUGUGUUUAAAAAAUAUAUAUUUGAAAGCUUGGCCAUCAAACCCUAAUUAAUUUCUGUUUCGGCAAUUCAACAUUUUUUAGGUUUUAGCUUCAUGUGGUAUUGAAGUGCACAGCAAAAUGUUUUCUACAUGUAUUCAUGUACAUGUAUGUUUAUGUUUUGCAGUAAAUUGUAGUAAUGUAGAUUUGUUAUCUGUGUGCAAUAUUGAUAUCUAGCUCCAUAAAAGUAAUAUUGAUGACAUCAUAUUACACAAUAUCUGUACAAUCAUAGGUUGAUUUUGACAAAAUGUAUGGAAGAUGUUAUGAGUGGUACUUGUUUUAUAAUUGACAUCUAGUGGAUAUAUAAUUCUUAAAUGUGAUAAAUUUUUCGAUUUUCCAUCAAAAUUAAUUCUGGUCUAAUGCCUAAAGUUCAAAAUAAAAUACAGGUGAUUUAGAACCACACAAAUCUGUUCGACUUCAAGGAAAAGUUUGACUUUGCAUAAAAUUAUUGCUUCCACUGGGGCAAAUAUGUGCAUUUCUAUGUACUUUUUCGAGGACUUGGAUGUUAUUACCCAAGCUUUAGUUCUUGGCUAGAUUGUACUGUGGUAUAUGGAUAAGGAAUAUUCAAACUAUGCAAAGUUCUUUUGUGAAACUUGCCAUUCUGAUAAAGAAGGAAAGCUAUCAAACUUCACAUCAAGUCUCUAAUUUCCGUAUAGUAUUAUGAUAUUUGAAUAAACCAAUUUUAUAAGUGCAUUUUGAUAUUCUUUUUCUGAAAUGGGAGAUGUACUUAAUUGAUCUCUUAAUUGAUUGGUUUGUUAUCUGUUUCCAAUAAAUCUUGUGUGAAACCAUAAUUCUAGUGCUGUGUCAUGAAUAAAUGUGAUUAAUUUUUCGGUUUUGCCUAGAAUUUGAGUAUAUGAAUAUAAAAAUGAUCCAAGACAUUCUCUUGGCUAAAUUGAGUUUGUAGGAAAUUGUAGUAUUUGUACAACAUAAGUCCCCUUGUGUGUAAUUCAUAUUCCAGAAUUCCAGUUGAAAGUGGCCAGAAGGGAUGAAGUACUCGCCAAAAUCAUUUUUGUUUUUCUUGAUUUUUAUAAGAAAAGGUCUUUCAAGGACUUGGGUCAUUAUUAUAUUCAUAAUACUUCAUUGAUAUUGAAGGAUAGAAAAGUAAAGGAACAUUAUGAAUGAGGAAAGAAGGUUGAUGUAAUAAAUCAUCCCCCCCCCCAUAUGAGUUGUAUGCAACCAUUUGCUGAUAUGCAGAAAGUUUACCCACCCAAUGCUGUUAGGUGCCCUUCCCAUGAAUGAAAUUGAGCAUUUUGAUUUUAAAAAAUCAUCUAAAGAGUGUCCAGUCUCCCCCUUGUAUUGUCUGGUGCAUGUUUCACAUAGCUCUUUGAAAGUUACGAGCAAAUUUAUGAAUAAUUGGUGACCAUUUCUUAGGAACUAAGUCAACACCUUUGAAAUCUGGUACAUAUCAUUUAAUAGCACAAGAACGGGUUACUAGACAUUUGUAAAGUUGCUAGUAAUUUACAAAUAGUUUUAUGAAACACCCACCAGCUUUGCUACUUUCCAUUUGGUCUCGUCUCAAAUGGUCUGAUUCUACUUUGUCUCCAGUAUGUUAUUGCCUUUUAACCUUAUAAUACGAACAAAUGACACAAGGCAGUUGUACAAUCCCAGUCAUUUAAUGUAUAAUAGUUUUUUUAAACCACAUCAAACAAAUAAUUUAUCAUUGAUGUUUUAUAGAGAAUAGUAAUAAAUAUAUUGCACUGCCACUUAAUUGAUAUAAGGUACAAAGCAAUUUCCCUCUUUUUAUAUAUUUUUUUCUGUAUGCUUAUAAUUUCCCAUUUUCUUGUUUUGUUAAAGUAGAUACAAUUUUUAGUAAUUCAUGAUACAUCAAAAUAUCUCUUCUUCAAGUUGUCGAUGAGAAAACUAGUUUUGUCAGAGAAGAUUAAUCUAGCAGUAUCUGCCAAGAUAACUUUAAUAUAUAAAUUUGUUAUUGAUUAAGACCUAGGCUGUUACAGAUUGAAAAAUUGUGAUCAAAACUAUCAAGAUCUUAUCUAAUUCAUGUACAAAUGUAUCAAAACCUUCACUACAAAAACCAUUGUAAAAACCAUGCUCUUCAAACUUACAUAUAAACUUUCAUCACCUCUUAAUUUCAUACUAACAUCUCUUUUUUAAAACUUCUAAUAAACCAUGUUUUUGAAUACUGUUACUUAAGAUAAUAGAUUGUGGGUCAGCUCAGUGUUACAAUGUGUCUAUCUAGUCACAUGAAUGAAUAUUCAGAUGCAAGUAGAAAAUAGUGAAGUAAAAAUAAUGGAUGCUCCUAGCUGACCCUACACUCUAAAAAACCUGAAGUUAAAAAAGUUUUCCAAUAUUGGGUUAAAAGGGAACAUACACGUUUGUUGAGUAACAAAACUCGUUUCAUAGGUAAUUUUAACCCAACAUUGUGUAACAUUUACACAGCAAUAUGUUUGUUUUACCCAAGAAAUGGGUAUUUUCCCUGUUAGCCCAAUAUUGGGUAACCUUUCCUACAGAAUAUCUCAAAA